AUGCACGGGCCUUAUGUGGUGCUUUCUCCCAUUGCCAAGUCCCAUCCCUUCGAAGAACGUCGGGUGCACGUUGGUCCUGAUGAGGAUCCUUUGAAAAUCGGCAGAGCAGUGGCUAGACUAAAGGCUGCGAAAGAUAAUGCUAUAUUUGAUUGCAAGGUACUAUCACGGAAUCAUGCUGUGUUAUCGUAUCGUAAUGGAGGUUUUUUCCUUCGAGAUACUAAAAGCAGCAAUGGCACAUUUGUAAAUAAUGAAAGAUUAGCGGUGACAGGUGAAGAGUCCGAAGCGAGGCAGAUUUUCACUGGUGACAUCAUUCAGUUUGGCGUGGAAAUCGUCGAGAAUACCAACAAAGCUUCAAGGGUUUUCACUAUUUGGAAUUAUUUGAAACUUGUAACGAUGCCGAGUUGUGAACCGUCCCUCGUUAAUAAUCAUCAGUUGUUCCAAAUGCAGCAAUAUUUGUCAGAAGCACUUUAUAGAGAGGAAGCCCGUCAACAAAAGUUAGAAGCUCUAGAAAAGAUGUUAGAAGCCACUGAGCAUGCUUCCGAAGCAGCCUGGAAAGCUCUUGUUAAUGAAGAUAGGCUGUUGUCGAGAAUUGAGACUCUGGAGGCGCAGUUAGCUACGUUUUCUAAGAACGCUACACCUGAUAAAUUGAGAGAGGAAAUUCUAGCAUUGAUUGACGACAAAGCAAAGUUUGAAGUCACGUCCAAAGAACAGUUGAGAAGAGCGCAGGAGGAACGGGCCGAGUCAGCGCUUAGGUUAGCUGACAUUGAUCGAAGCCUGGUUUCCACAGAGGAGGAAUGUAAUCGAUUGCGUUCCAGGAUACAAACGCUGGAAGGGAAAUUGAGUGAGACCGUGAAUGCAUAUGAAGCGAAAGUGAACGAUUGCAAUAAUUCCCAGAUAGCUCUCGUCGAGGUAGGAGUAAUACAGUGUUGUUUACCUCAGUGGGACAAACGUCCCAUGAUUUUCUGGUAG